AUGAAAGAAAUAUGGAACACAAAAAUUGGCGGUUUCAGCGGUUGUUCCCCAAAACGCGUGCCAAUGCGAUGCAGCGAUCUUAAGCGGGCCGUCGAAGAUGUCGUUUUGCGGCCCGACGAGAAUCGUGUGGCGGAUCUCAGGAAACGCGACACGCUCGCGGCGCUCGACCUCUGCCAACUCGAGCCAUCGCCGUCAGCUUCUGCCGCUCCCGAUGUCACUGCUUCGACAAUGAACGCUUGCUCGUGCUCAAGCGAAGUCGUCGGUGCCGCCACUUCUACCGUCGUAAUGGCUGAUUCGACAGCUCGACCUCCACCGCCAUUGUGCGCCAGCUCGUCGCUGGAUGCAAUUAUGUGCCGCCCACAACCAUCAGUUCUUCAUCGACAUUCGGCUGGUGGAUCUCGACGACAGUCCAGGGUUUAUUCGACACUUUCAUCGAAGAGGAAACGGAGUAAUUCGUUGACAAAUUAUCAAAAAAGCCAAUCGCUUUCGGUGUCGUUGCCGCCAUCUGCGAGGACAACUCCGCAUCGAUUUGUGAACGAGGAGGACGCUUUUCGAAACUCGAUUGUAUCUUCGGAUUCUCAUUCGUCGGUCUCGCGAAGUGAUGAUUAUACCAAUGGGUUCGUACUCGAGGAGGAGGAAGCUCCGAUACCCGAACACCCUUCGCUGAUGCACUCGAACAAUUCGACAUGCUCCAGCUCGUCAUCGUAUAACGCUUUUACAGCUUUCCGAACACCGAAAAACUAUGAUUUUGAAGAUGAUAUGAUGGAUUGUGAUUGA